CACACAGCCUACUAUACUUGUCGUCACUAAGCUAGCUAGUUUGUUUGUUUGCUGUGUAGUAAACAGUUUGGCUGCGCAAUUGGUUCUCUUAAUUAGUCCUUGAAACAUUGCAUUUCACAAUGUGACAUCUACUGCCUUGGUUUAUCAGUCGGACUUGUUUUACGCUUUUCAUAUUCCAACUCCUUUUCAAUCUGGGUCAUGGAUGGUGCGGCUGCGCCGGAAGCAACCUCAGUAAGCUUUUAGAUAGAAUUUCUCUCUUCUGACGGGACAUCGGGAUGGAGUUACAAGAAAUCACACUUUGAAAGAAUACCCCCAUUCCCGUAACCAGCUUGCUGUUAAGGUAGCAGCGGUGGACGGGACUGCGUACUCAGUCGGUGGAUAUGAUGCUGUCCACUGACCCCAGGGCCCCUCAGCCGGGGCCUGUCUCCACCUCUGGACAGCGUCCGCCGGGCCCUCCCCUCUACCAGGACCGAUUGGCUGCGGCCCGCAGGGAAGUGGGUGCGGAUGGGAAAUCCAAAGCAGCCGAGUUGCACUGGAAUCUGGAGGCUAAGCCUUGCCUGCAGGUAGUAGAGGGGGGGCAGGGCCACCAAGCCAUGUUCUCUCCGAAGAAGCACUGUGUUGCCCCGCAGGUGAGCCAUAGUGGAAAGGGCGCUUGUAUGAGUGGCAGCAGCAUGGAUGCCAGCAGACCUCCGGCGAGACAAACAGAGAGGGAACCAGAUUCCAGGGUUUUUGUCACAUAUAGACAGGCCGGCAAAAGUAGAUCGCAGGCCAGUUUUAGUGAAGAAGAGGGCUCGCCACGAGGUCCACCCGUUUGGAACCCCUCGCCCCCGUACUCCCCGGCUCCCCAGACGGGCUCCGCAGGCGAGCAGCUCGGUGCCCUGGAGCGGUUCCUGACGGCCCACCAGGCCGAGAUGAAGAACCUGCUGUCGGGCGCGCUGGGCUCCCUGAGUCAGCGUCUGGAGGUCCUGGAGCACCGCAUGGACCAGCUGUGCGAGCAGAGCACCGGACACGGCAACAGCCUGGCGCUGCUCCACAGCAGGCUCGGGCAGCAGCUCGGUAGAGGUCCAGGCUCCACCUCUCCGCUCAGUCCCCCUCCAAUGGCCCUGGCGCUGUCACCUAGACACGGGAGAUAUCAACCCAUGAUGAAAGAAGAGGAUUCAACAAUGACCAGGAGCUUUCCUCAAAGGCCCCAUCCUGUUUGUCAGGUACCUCUACCUGAAAAGACUGAAAAGACUUCAGAGCCAGUGUGCUCAUGGAAGGCGGCCAUCUUGUCCCCCACCAGCCUCAGCCCUGUCCAGCGGAGACAACCCUCGAGUGUGCAUAACUUAGGCAAAGACAGUUUUUGUAGCCUAGGGUUGGGGAUGGCAGCAGCACCACCGUCUCUUGGAGUGUCCCCUCUGGGAGGCUCUUUGUCUCUCGGAGGCCAGCCAGAGCGAUGCCUACAGGGUAACUAUUCCCCAGUGUCGGACUUUGAAGACGCCGACACGGAACUGGAAGUGGAGAACGGUCAGAACGCCCUGAGCCUGUUAGUGGACACCGUUCUGGCCAGCACAGAGAGCAGCUCUGGCUGGGGACCUCAGCGCUCACUUUUGUCCACGCCGCAGACUUCCGAGGGCAUGGAGGUCAAAGUACCCGAGAAGUGUGGCAUCAAUCAGCCUGGCGCGGAGUCUCAUAGUUUACGCAUCGCCACGCCACUUCAGGUGCCUUCCAUCAGUGUCCAAAUCCCCGCGGAGAAGUCGGGAGACGAGCGGAGGCUGGACAGGAGGGAAGGUCUCCUCUGUGCGGUCCAGCAACCUAUCAAACUGAGCCCGAUAGGCGGACCCCCUUCGUCAGUGCAUUCCAUCACGGUCAUCGGGGAAAGCAGGGUCAAGCCCGAGUUGCCGUUUGGGCAGACGAAAGCACAAUCAUCCCAGGGGUCUAGGCCAGCCAAGUCGGCGUCAGUGCUUAGCCCCAAGUCUCACUGUGACUCCUCCGUGGAGGUAGAGAAGCCCGAGCGGAAAAAGAGACAGAGAAAGACGGAGAAGACGUCGUACACUAGUUUGUUCACCACCACUGCCGUUUCUUCUUCUACUUCUUCUUCGUCUACUUCAUACAACUCCUCCGCUCAGCAGAAAGGACCCCAGAGGCGGGAAGCGGACUCCAGUGGGCGGUGCGAUGGACAGCCUCGUCUCGAGGGCUCCUCAGGCAGAACGCAAAGCUCGGGGGGCGAACAGCGCAAGCAGGUUGUGGAUGCUGCUGUAGACUCCCUGUCCUUAACCAUGAUGAAUAAUGAUAAUGACAGCCCCACGUCGGCGAAAGUUUCUUAUAUUGAAUUGAAAUCCCCAAUUCGAGGGCUGACUGGGACUGCUGUUACCGCAGUUGUCCCCCAACGCACUUUAAAUAGUCACUCAGUCUCUCUGUGUGUGGAGGCCAAGCUUGGUAAUAGAGGUACGAAACAGACUCUGUUACCGUUUCACUCGACCAGUGCUGUGAACGCCCACCAUAAACUGUCCACGUCCAAAAACGGCUCCUCGAAGCCCCUGUUCCUUGGGAUUAAGUCCGAGUCUGGGGACAGCCAGACGGUCUUGGAUCAGUUAUCGGACACGGCCAGCCGACUGGUGUCCGGCGACUGCGCCUCGGACGAGACUCUGCUCUCGGCCGGUUCGAGCGGGUUCUGCCGGUUCGGCGAUCUGCAGAGCUCGCUGAGCUCCAAGGCGAAGAAGAACCACUGGGACAAGGAGCCGUCCUCGCGCCGGCGCUCCCUGCUCAAGCGGGCGGGGCUCCCCGACCGCGCCGCCAGCCCGCUCGGCCAGCUGCAGCCCCUGGUCAGCCUCGGCGACUCGCUCUCGCUCUCGCCGCCGCUGGCCGCCGCCGGCGUGACGGGCCGCGGCCUGAAGCCCAGCGCGGUGGCCACGCUUGGCCGCAGCACCAUCGCCUCCUCCAACCAGCUCCUGCUGGGCAGCGCCAACGCAUACCACCACCGCCAGCCGAGCCUGUCGCAUCUCUUCCGCACCGCCGCCGCCACCGCGCAGUCGCCCGCGUCCCUGCUGCUCGGCCAGGGGGGCUUCGCCAAGGCCGGCGUCCAGACGGUGCUGGCCAUCUCCUCGCCGGGACGCUUCCGCCUCUGGAUCAGGCACAGGCGCCUCUCGGCCUUCAUGCAGCUCUCGCCGGCUGCCGUCACCACCAUUGUCAGCCGCAUCGCCCUGUACCGGGACAAGUACCCUCCCCUCAGACCACUCGCUGACUACUCAGCCCCGCCUGGUCUUAGUAAUGACCACAGCUAUGCACAUCGAUCCUGUCAAGAGGCUGCGUCUCCGCGCAGGACCAGAGCCACAGCACGAAGGCCUCCUUCGUCUCCAUCUCCGAGGCGUACCAAAGCCAGGCUCACCCCUGAGCGGAGCCUGGACAUCCCACCACGCCACUCCCCUAGCCCCAAGGCCCACCGCCUGGACAGUGCGCCCACCGAGCCUGUGCCCAACUUUGCCAAAGUUAGUGCCAAUGUCAAGUACCCGGGCCUGCACAACCACAAGCCAUCCAGAGAGGUGGGCUUGUAUGACGGGAACCUUGGGGCUCAGCCAGGCCAGCGGUCUAAGAGGGUGUCCCAGAUACGCAUCCGCAAGACUGUUCCGAAGCCAGACAACAACCUGACCCCUAUGGGGCUUCCCAAACCAAAGAGAUUGAAGAAAAAGGAAUUCAGCCUUGAGGAGAUCUACACAAACAAGAACUACAAAUCACCAACUCCCAACAGGAGUCUUGAGACGAUCUUCGAGGAACCGAAGGAGAAAAACGGGGCCCUGGUGUGCAUUGGCCACCAGAAGCGCAAGCGUGUGUUGGACUUUCCCGACUUCACAUUACCGCGCAAGCGCAAGGCCAGGCCCAACGUGGGGCCAAUCCGCAUGAAGGGAAGGGCCCGAAGAGGACGAGGCGACGACUCUGACCUCGACAUCAUGCUAAUCGAGAGGCUGAGCGAGCUGGAGGACUAUUUCUCUCGCGAAGGCCUGGAGGUCUAAGAACUUGUAGGAAGUGGUAACAUAAGUGGGUGGAAGUCCUAAUCAUGAUCUGAAGUCCCCAUUUGUAGUCUGCUCUCAGAUGUGUUAAACUGCUUGGACAGUACCAAAGGUAUGACGAUGAUAACCUUACAGUGCCAACACAGUCACUGAUGGCUUGGUCCUUUUACAGGGUCAGGCAAACAUGGCUGGUCAUUGUCUCAGUUCACCCCAGAAUGGAGAUUUCUGCUCUAGAGCGUCCAAAAGUGUGGAUCAAGCCCACACUGACAGUAGCCUUUCAUCCACCAACAGUUAGACAGGACAAUAGUUGGUUUUGCUGCUGUUGUCAAUUUGGUUUGACUAUUGUGUGUCGGUGGUACAUAAAGAUCUACCUCCACAGAGCACACACGCUUUAGGGAAACCAAGCUAAACUGAACAUCAGUCAAUCAUGACUGUGAACGAGGGGGGGGGGAAUACCUCUAGAACCGCCCGCCCCACCCACAGCCCCAACACAGAGACCUAAUAUGCACAUUCUCUUGUAGAACCUAAUAGAGCCUAUAUAUGUGUGUAAGCAACCCAAGCACAUCUAUGAGGGAAAACCUUAGCACUUUCACCCCUAGACCAUGACACCUUAGCCUAUUUUAUCCCCCUGUAUCUCUUUUCUCAUAGAUUAUGACAGGUUGUGCGUUGUCUUAUCAUUAUAGAAAAAAAGGAUUGUUCCGCUCCAUGGAAACGUUCUUUUUCUAGAUGUUGCCUGAUACCACAAACUGUACCCUAGAAGACCACUGUAAUUUCUUUUGUCUUUUACUUCAGUCCUUUCUUACUCUAAAUCCCGGCUGCUAUAGGUUGUUGCCUUUCUCUGUGUGUGAGAGUGUGUGUGUGUGUGUGUGUGUGUGUUUGUGUAAGUGUAUUUUAAGGGGAUCUAGUCUGUGACAUCCAUUAUAGGACUUAAAUGUUUGUCUUUUAUAGCUCUGGAUCAUGAAGAGAGCUCAGUCAAGGGCUCUCUGACCGUACAGUUUCCCGUAUAAGGAAAGACAUUUUUAUUUAUCUGUCCGGUACUAGACUUUCAAGUAUACAUAAAUGUAUGGAGCCACCAAGAUGGCCUCUCAUCAUAACUCUUAAGGGCAUGCUGAAGAGUCAGUAUUUGUCAUCCGCCGGGUGAUGUGGUCUGCCAGCAAACACGUUUCGCUACUCAUUCAAGUUUCAGAUGUCGUCAGUUUAGCUUGGAAUGUGCCGUGUCUUUUUCUUUUCAGCAUUUUUUUCCAGCUUUUUUAUUAUUUUUGCCAUUUGCAAUUAGCUGAUGACUAGUGAUUUCCUUGAAGAAAUGCUGAAGAAAUCAUGGCUCAGUUUUUGGACCUACCUGUGCCCGUGUUCACAAUAUCAAACUCUGAGAGCAGUAUCCUCUCCAGAGUUUGGACUUUACAUUGUUGGGAUUUCUAGUAUUUUGCCCUCGUGUAUGCAGCUCUAUUGUGGUGCUUUGUUUUUCUCUUACAAUCUGCUUUAGUUUGGUGAAGUAUGCAAUGUUUUUUGUUUUUUUUGUGUGUGGAUUUCUUUUUCUACGUUGUUUUUUUGUUUGUUUGUUUGUUUUGUCUGGUUUGCUAUUCUCUACGUCCAUGAAUUAGAGUUGGUGGGGCGGAGGGGGGUCCUGCUUUUGACGAAAUUCAAAUACCUCUUCAGUACCUCUUCAAAACAAGACCACGGAGGGCUGUGGGCUGUUAUUAGUAUUUAUUCCCCAUUUUACUUUGCCUCUGCCCACUGUUUCCAGCGGUAUGAGAUGAAACAUGGGAUUUUUUCAGUUUUCUCAUCCUGGUUGCAUGUCUUCUCAUUUCCUGCUAUAUUCCAUAAAAGCUGCUAUGUCCCUCAAUCAUUAUUACACCCAUAUACACACACAUAGAUGCGCUUAAGGCUAGAUAUUAAUUACAGCAUUUUAGAUCACUUUAACAUUUUUUAAUACAGAUACCAAUCCAGGCCAUUUUAGGCAGGAAGAUGCGAGGCUGCUACUAGAUCCCUUAACCGUUAGCGUUGAUAACUCCUUGUUUUAUAUGUGCAAUAAAUAUGGUCCGUACAGAUAGUAAUUUAUGAAUUCACAGCUUUCUUUGCCAUUCAAAACAGCUCUCUUCUGCUCUUCGGCCGUAACAAAUAGUUCCUGGGUGUAUUACAUUAUUAGGCAGAUCAAUGGCAAAUCCAUGAUUACCUUUUUGGGGUAUUUCAUAUUAUUGACAUCUCUUUGGGAAAAAAAAUGUAAAGCCAGCAAAAAAAAAACAAAUACACUUUGUCCUCAGUUAUGCCUCAAGCUGCUAUGUGGCUCAACUGAUGAACUACUUGUAUAAAGAUUCAUUUGGUUCUCUGAAGGGGAAGAAGGUGGCAACAAACGACAAUAUUCAUCAAGUGUACUAAAAGAAAAUCUGUGUACUUUCAGUAUACUUGAACAGGCUACGGUGAGCCAUGGCUUAUCACAUAUACAGCUUAGUGGUGUUUUUUUUCUCUCAGAUCAUUUGUAUAAAGUGUCUGUUCAAAUUUCUGCCAGUAGACAGGUUUGUUCAAAAGAUUUUGUACAUUUAUUUUUAAACCCGUUUUUGUGUGAAAUACUGGAAUUAAUUGGCACACACAUUGUGUAAUAAUGUUUUAAGAGUAGCCUACAAAAAUGCAGUUUCAGUUCUCAAUCAUACACUUAAAAUGUGAAGAUUUCUUAUGUUUUGUUUGGAUGUUUUGUCUUUUUUUAUUUCUCUAAUUUUAUAAGCACUCUAAGGACUGCCAUUUUUAUUGUUUUCCCUCGUAUUCUGGACCUAUAACCGUAGUCACUAUGUAACCGUGGCCAAGGCCUGCACUUAACCCUCCCCAAAGAGCCAGAUCCUUUUGAGAGUGUAGUCUCACUGUCUGCCCCCCUGAGUGGGUAGGAUUGUUAGCAAAAAUGUGAUUUUUAUUUCCUGUGUACACAGUGUGUGAUGUGAAUGUCUUUUUUUCCCUUGCCACACCAACACCCCAAUCCUCUAUGCUGUAACAGAAAGUAUUGUAUAGCCUACACUGGUCGUGAAAAGUGACUUUAGGAUUCCCAUUCUUUUGAUAGGGUGUGGGGAGGGGGGAGUAUAAUGACAUUGAUCCCUGAGUUCUGUUGAUCCUUAACUCUCAUUUCCUUCACAGUAUUAGAAAUUAUGCACACAGUGAAAGUUUUUUAUUUUGGUUAUCAACUGAGAGACCAACACUAAAACAAGUAAAGUUAAAUGGUUGUGACUUUGAUUUCAAUAUAUAUUUUAUGAAUAAAAAUAGUGUUGACAUUU